AUGACUACUAUUACCCAAUACGCCAAAGAUCAGCCAGCCGGCUUCACCAACCGCAUCGAAAAGGUUGCUAUUGUUGGUGCCUCGGGCCAGAUGGGUCGUCAAUUCACCAAGGCCCUCCUCGCAACUGGCAAACACCAGGUGACCGUGAUAACACGCCCCGAAAGCGAGGCCGUGUUUCCAAAUGGCGUCACCACCAUCCGCGUAGACUACUCUGGCGACGACUUGGCUGAUCUAGUCACCGCCCUGCGCGGCCAAGAGGUCCUUCUCGUCACCCUCAAUGUUCGCGCACCACCUGGAACCGUUUCCAAGUUCAUCCGCGCAGCAAACGAGGCUGCUGUCAAGUACAUCUUGCCCAACUGGUUCGGCCAGGAUCCCACCAACAAAGAUCUCAUUGACGGUAUGGGCUUUGGCACCAUGCGCGACGGUGUCUUUGCCGCGCUCGCCGAGGCCAAUAUCAAAUACUUCUUCCUCGGGUGCAACUUUUGGUACGAGUUCAGUCUUGCCGGCGGUAUGGACCGCUACGGCUUCGACAUCCCCAACCGCAAAUACACCGUCGUUGAUAGCGGCGAUGUCAAGGUCAAUACUACCACUUGGCCGCAGUGUGGUCGCGCCGUGGCCGCCCUGCUCAGCCUCAAAGAGCUUCCAGACGAUGCAGAUGAUGAGACACCUACUCUAGCACAGUUCACUAACAAGCCUGUCUACGUCUCGAGUUUCUUUUUGAGCCAAAACGACAUGUUUGAGUCGCUCAAGAGAGUCACGGGCACCACGGAUGCGGACUGGACAGUUACCCAUGAUGUCUCCAAGGAGCGAUGGCAAGGUGCUCUGGAGAAGGUCCAGACGGGCGAUAUGCGUGCUUUUGGUCGCCUCAUGUACACGCGAGGCUGGUUCCCUAACGGCGGCAGUGACCUGCAAAACACAGUUGGCUUGGCUAAUGAUAUUCUAAGUCUCCCCGUCGAAGACCUCGAUGAGGCCACCAAGGAAGCUGUGCGCAUGGCCAUGAAUAACGAAGUUCCGUAUUAG